GAGGCUUGGUCUUCAGAGGAACAGACCCACUGGAAAGCAAGAGAGCCAAAAACAAAGACUUGAGGAAAAACAGUCUUAACUUUUUUGUGAAGGUGUUGCUGGAUUUGACCAUUUUUUUCUGCAAGAGCUCAGGAAAAAUCUACUAUACCAGGAUGAAGUAUUAUCAGUGCCCCGUGUCCCAGACCAUGGAACUCAACACUUACCCCGAGGACUGUGGUGUCCCAGUCAGCUGCAAGAACUCUGCCUCUCUGAAGAAGAUCCGCAACGUGCACUUUCCCAACGACAUCGUUUUCCAGGACUACGUACGACAUGGCGAGCUGGAGAGGAUUGGACUUUUCAUCAGAGCCAGAAGAGUCAACCUGGACACCAUCUACCACUCUGGCAUGGCUGCCAUCCACGAAGCCGUCCUUUCUGGGAACCUGGAGUGUGUAAAGCUGCUGGUCCACUAUGGAGCAGAUAUACACCAGAGAGACGAGGAGGGCUGGACCCCACUGCACAUGGCCUGCAGCGACGGCUUCCCACACAUUGCACGCUUCCUUCUCUCGCUGGGUGCCGACCCCGAGCUGGAGAACGACUGCGGGGAGAAGCCGGCAGACCUCAUUGAGCCAGACAACAAGGAGCUGCUUGAGCUCUUCGGGCUGGCGGUCAACGACUGAGAACAUCUGGCUUCUUAAAGCCACAAACGUCUACUGCCCAGUCACCUGACUGUUCUGCAGGGAUGGACAGAAAAGGCCAUGUCAGUUCAGCAUCCGGAUUUUGGAGCUUCCUCAGCUCAAGGACUGUGGAUGUGUGUUGGAGGGAGGGCUGACAGAGCCCGGUGGCUGCCUCCUGAGUUGGGGGUGAACUUGUGCGGGUGGGGGCUGGCCUCUACCCUGUCAGAGCUUCAGAUCUUUGUACACUGUAGUGAAGUGAAUGAAUCAUUUGAUUUGAAGUUGUUGAUUUUAUUUGGCUUAUCUCUGGGAUUAGGGAUUUCUGAAUGUUGUGAAACUAAUGUUGCCACUCAGCUCAUUAGUGCCUGUCUGAAAGCUAAGAUUAGCAAAGCCAAACAGGCUUGUGUUGACUGCCUUACCAGCAAAUGUUUGCAAUUUUUAUUCUUGCCUUCUGACAAGCUUUUGACUUUUCAUUACUCAUUGUUUGUAUAUGAGUUUUUUAUACUUUUUGAAAUAAAGUUUAUCAGACGAUA